CGGGGCGCUCUGCGGCCGGCCCUGCCCGCCCGAUCCUGAGGCGAUUGCGGGAGGCGGGGGGGCUGCCGGGCGAGGCGCUGAGGCGGCGAAGGGCCGCGAGGAGACGAAGGGCUGUGAGGUGGAAAAUGAGCCCGGGCAGUACAGCCUGUGAAUGAGAUUUAACAGCUGAGGAUCCCAGCACAGGGCAGGAGAAAGCUUGUUGGGACACCUACCUUCCUAUGGCCAUGCCCUGCAGGACUUCGUGACCUUGCAAUGAUGGAUGCAGAGAGUUGAUUUAGAGCAUUCUGUGAACCCACUUCUGAACCCAAAACAAGGCCCCAGCUACAGAGAGUUCAGCAAUGAGCAACAUGAGUUUUUUUAUUAAGGAGGCUGAAUGCAAAGACAAGAGACAUCCACGCUCCCUCAGAACUCCAACCACAGUUAUUCUCCAUUCCCUGGGGCACUGAAGCGAAGUAUUUUUGUGCUGCCAUGAAGCAGGUACUUCAGAUACACACAGAUGAUAUAUACUGGCAUCCUUGCCAAGAUGAAGGGUUCCUGGGUAGCUCCAGUGCUAUAUUAUAACUGAAGACCAUGUCUUUGUGGUAAUUCCCAUUUUCCACUCCAAUUUCUAACAGAAUAUUGUGUUUUGGAACAAGUGUUGAAAGUGUUGAUUAAUUGAGCUUCUCCUCUAAAAAAUGGAUCUGAGUUGUACUAAGUACAUUUGAGACAAUUUGACAAUUUAUUUUUUUCAUUAACAGAAGUGUUCUAACAAGACAGAAUUCCCAGACAUAGACAGAGGGCCAAACUGAUGUCUUUGCAACAUGCACUAAGUAGUGUCUUCCCUCCCCCAUUGUCUGACUGAGGUCAUGGGCUGGUAUAUGCAAGGUACUAUUCAAUGUCAAGAAUGUCAAAAUUUACCUGUUAUUCAUGCUGUUUAUGUUCAGAUUACAGGCAUUCCUCCUCAGUCAAAUAUGAUGAUUUUUAUGUGAAUUCAUUCCUUUAUCUUAUCUUAAUCUAUGUCUGAACAGGCUGCAGAUUAUUUCCUGUUGGAGCAUAUUUGCAAGGAUUCACAGGCUAAGGCUAUCCAACCAUAAACUCUGUCUGCUUUGCAUUGGGUCUGGCUCUGUGUUUGCACCUACAUGCACUUCUGGUUGUAGCUCACAAAAACUUUCUUUGUUGAGUAUUUGAUCAAACAUAGGGCUGAGUUUUACUUCAAGUCAUUCGUUCUAAUACCAGGUGGUUUUCCAAACCCAGCAUGUAUUUUGUAUUUGAAGAACAGCCUUUCAAAAGCCCAAGGAAUGAAGGAACACCAGAAUAGCUCUAUGAGAUCAUUCCAGGAUCCUGACUCCAACAAUAGCCAGUAGCAGAUGACCCGUAUCCUGUUUCUGAUGAUAUCCAACAGUGGCAGAGGCCUGCAGAAUAGUGUAAAAGGAAAGCAGACACAUAGCAAUACAUACACCACUGCAAAGACUACUUUUGCAUCAUUUUAGGCAAGUGCAAGACUUUAUAGAUUAUAAAACAGCUUCUUACAGCAUCGGUGGUAAUGGCAAAUACUAUAGAGAAAAUUAAAAAGCCACUGCUAAUUUUUGAUUCUCCAUAAAGAGCAAUGCUAAGUACAUCUUCAUACAUAAUAAAGUCUUCUCGGCUCUAGGUCCAGGAAAUUCCUCCUGAUAAAUAUUGGAAUUGUUACUAUUUGACUUUUCCUUAGCCUUGAAAAUAUGCUAGUGGUCUCAGGCCAGCCACUGAAUUAUUUCCAGGAGGCUAAUGGGCACAUUUAAUAUCAGUAUUCAAAACUCAUCUUCUCUCUUAUGCUAUUAGAUGACAUCUUUAAAAUAAAGGGGAAAAAAGGCAAAAACCAAAACUGGAACUGAACUCCUUUUGUGACUUAUCAUUCCAGGAUGGAGCAGAAGUAAGUAACUAGUGCAAAGGAAAUUUCCACAUCUGUUGCAGAAUUAUCUGCCAUUUGCAGGUGCAGAAAUACUUAAAAUAUACCUACAGAGUAGAAAACCUGUAUGAAGUCAUGAACAGAAAACACCUGUCAACCUUUAUUGCAAAGUACUCCAAAUUUCGGUUGUAUCUUUUGGUGCAACUUAGUUCAGAAAUUCAAAUAUAGAAUGACAUGGUUCUUAUAUUUUUGUUUAGGUAAUCUUACAUCUAAUGCACCUGGGAUGAGUUUAUCUUGACAGUAAUCAGAUCAUAGAGAGAUAACUACAUAUUACAUUGUUUAUGCAAAGUAAUCUGUCUUAUGUUAGAAGCAUUAAGCUUGUGUAUUCCAGAAGUAAUACAGGGACAGGAAGAUCAUUUUUCAUUUCAUGCAUGAUAUGUUGAUUUGACAUUCAGGGAAGAAAAGCAUGGAAACUAUGAUAGAACAGAUGAAGGUAUUACAAGAUUAGUUUGAAAUGGCUUCUAAAUACCUCUGCCAUAAACCUAUGGUAAAAUACUACCUGUAUUACCUGUAAUAAGAGAUCUGUUACCAAUAGUGUACUUGGAAAGUAUGAGUCUGAAUUACAUUCAUUUUUAAGGACAUUCUAAUAACAUUUGAGCUGACCUGAAUUGUAGACACACUAACCCAAACAAGUUUAACAGAUGGUAUGAUGAUGACCUCACAUUGUGGUCUAGACAGGCUAAUGAAAUGGCUGCAUAACAGAAGGAGACCUCCAAAAUUGGAUAAAAUACAGUUUUUAGUGAAGAUAAAAAUGAAGCUAUGGGUUGCAUAGUAAAUUUACACAGUACAUCAAAGCAUGUGUUGUAGAAUGGCUUUUUCAUUGAGAUGUGAUAAGACCACUUGGAUGGCUGCACCUUCUGGAUAAAACAGAGGGUUGGAAUAGGUUUUCAGGCGUAGUAUCUACACAAACAUUGAAUCUGUUCCUUAGACUGGGGACUAUGUAAGCCUGUCAAAAACAAGCCAGAUAUACCUGUUGACUUCAAAUCAAGUCUGUCUAAGUGCUUUCUUUUCCAGGGAUAUUUUCCAAAACUGUUUUUCCAAAAUGAUAUCAGGAAUAAAAAUAACUGCCAUGGGAAGCUGGUAAUUUUUCAGUGAUUAAAGUUUUCUUAACAGUCAACCAUCAAAAAAUUCAUUUGGUUCUGAAUUGAAAGUUUCUUAUUUUGUGUCUCCAAUUAAUUUUGAAACUAGAAAAAAAGAGAGUUCUGAUUAUUUUUGUCCUAAUACCUAGCUGAUUGCAUGAAGCACAAGAAGGUGCAGAAAACACAACAAAGGCCACAGCUGUGGUUGAUUAUAGUUUUUUCUCAUGAACGUCAUCACCUCAAAUGGGUGACUAAGUAUUUUUGCACUGAUUUGAAGGGGUUUUGAGUCACAGUAUCUUAUUUUGAAGAGGCAGUGACUUAAAGAAUUCUUCAUAUUAUUUUUUAUUUUUUUUUAGUUUCAGAAUGUGAACAGUUUGCAAAAUGUAAAGUCUUUGUGGCUCACAGAAGAGCCCUAUUACAUGGUGAGGCCAAAUCUGAAGAGUCUAAUUCUAGCAGAGUUAACGUGCUCACAUUUGGAACAUCUGUAAAGUCUAAUGUGAACUGAAUGUUAAGUAAAAGCAACUUCAUUUGUUAGUAGAGUGUGGCGUAUUGCCAUAUAUGCAACUUCUUUUCCACAUCACAUGCUUUUUGUAUAUUUCACACAUGCUUCAAAGAUUCUAUUUUUGGAAUAGUUUUUAAGGGGCUUGCUAUGUUUAUGGAACUGAUUCUUGUAUCUUUCCUGAAAACCUGGGUUGUUAGACCCUUGUGUUCAAAGCUCUCACAACAUAGAAAAAAGAUCAAACCAAUGAAAGUAAAAUGAUCCAGAAAUUGCCCUGUGUAAGUUUUAUUUGCUUAAAAUUCUUACUUUAGGCUGUACCGACGAGCCUGUGAGGCCAGAAAAUAAAUGUUGAAAGGUAACAGUAAGAAUAAAGUUUCCCAUUUCUCAAAAACUUAAAGCACAAGUAGACAUAUUAUUGGUCUUUUCUAACUGCAAAGCUAAACAUUGCUAGUCUACAUCUCAGAUAGAAGUAAUUUUUGGAAGAAAUUUAGGUGCUUGGGAGCAAGAAAGAUUUUUCUGACUAUUUCUGAUAUUAGGAAAUUGGCAGCUGCUUAAAAAAGCUCAGUGGUUUGGAAUGUCAGCCCAUGAACUGGGGAAAGACUCAUCAGAAAGGUUCACAGCCAGAAUCAUCCAGUGUAUGUCCAUAAUGUUAAAACAGGCCAACCAAACGCACACCAGCUUGUUUUGUGAUCUGGAAAUGGGACAGAUGAGCUGCAAGCACACGACUCGCUUUUUGCUGGUGGGUACAAGUGUUAAGGUAGACACUUCCAAAAUCUCACUAGGAAUCACAUCUUUGGAAAGAUGUGAUUGCAAACACAGCAUAAUUUACUUUGCCAGCAUGCUUUGCUACGGCACUAUGAUCUCCAUCUGUCUGCUGUUUGGUAUGUGAAUACAUAGCUACAGCUAUAGGUAUAAUAAAUACAUCAGGGCUAGAUUGUGCCUCAAGGCAAAUGUUCUGUUGAUUUUACUGGCCUUCCUGUUACGUCUUGUGAUGUUUUGCUGUGCUCAUCCACUCGCCCCAUAAGACAUCCAUGUGAGCAGCUCUGUGGUUUUAUUUUCAUGUUUAAAACAAGUUGCUAUAAUCAGCUUUUCUGUAACUUAAACUGCAGUUGUUAUGAUCAUAUUAAAGUAUUACUUUUCAGGCUCAGCCAUGCUGUAAGUCUAUGAUUAGAGGCUUAAACUUCAGUGUGGAGCAAGUCUAUAAUGAAAGCAAAGUUCUCUUUCAUUUCCUAUGAUUCAACGUACUUGACAAUUGCCCAGUUUUGCUUCCCAUGCUGUUACAUUUGAGACUUGGCCUUUUGAGAACCAGUGGAGCACUGCUACCUCGCCAGCUCAUUGCUCCCGAUUGUGUAAGUGAUGGCAAACCACUCGCCUGGUGCUGGCUUGGAGGCAAAGAUACAUCAAGUGGCUGGCAUAUCUUUCUUCGGUCCAGAAUGAGGUAAUGCCUCCUAUUCACUAGGCAUUGAGGAGGAAAUGAAUCUCCUACAAGCAUAAUUGCAGAUGUAUCUGAUGGUGAGUUUCUGUCUACAUACAUGUAAGACUCGGAAAUGGCAUGUUUUCUUGUCUGAUGCAAGGAACCAUCAUGAAUAUUGUCCUGAGUAUCAAAAUCAAUCAGGUAUUUUACCUUGAGGCUCAGAAGAUUCUGGAGACUAAGGACUUAAGAGAUUCUUCAAAUGGUUUCUCCGGUGUGCUCUGGAGCUGUAGCGUAAGAGUUUGCUGAGGCAGAAAUACCACUGCAAUGACAACCAAGCAAGCUGAGUACUUCAGUACCCUGAGUAUUGAAAGAUGGUGCUUAAGCCUUGCAUUAUUUCAAUCCAAGCUACAAACCCUAUGAAAAACUAACUCAGGAACAUGUGGAAGAAAGAUCACUGCUACUUUGUCCUAGAUGGCUGUCAGGACACCGGGAUCCGCGGAGCUGCCAGCCGGCGUGGCCGUUUGCGCCUUGUGAUUGCUCGUUCGCGCUGCCCGGCUCGAUGUGAGCGCGGAGGCUCGCUGGGUGGCCGCCUUCCAGAUCUGCCGUAGGAGCCACGCUGCCCGCUGUUGGAAGCUUUGUGCCCCUGAGGUUUCCUUCCCGUUCUCCACGAGUCGAGGGAGCUUUCUCUCUGACAAUGAUGAAAACCGAGGGCAAAGGGGAAAGGACUUUAAGAAGUGCUUCUCCACACCGCAAUGCCUAUAAAUCUGACUUCCAUGCUAUCAAAUGCUCUUUUGAUGGAGUAAACAAUCCCGAAAACACUUCCAACAAAACAGGCUUGCAGCAGAAGCUGAGCGCCUCUUCCAAUGGCGGGGGAAAUGACCCACACAGUCGAGGUAGGGCUGCCACUUAUGGCAAUAGGGUUCACAAGAUCAAAAGUAUGUUUCUGCAAAUGGGAGGUUCCGCUUCCACACCCUCUUGUGAAAGCAGUCCACCUGCUGAGACCAAAUUAAUCAGCCGGACCACAGCAGCAGAACAUGGACCUUCUCCAGGUAGCCCAUCUUUCCUCAUUGUCCAAAAAAAUAAUCUCCACAAUACAAGUACCAGCCCCAACAACAGUCCUGUGGAUUCGUUGUCUGUGCCUUCUACUGCCGACAAGGUCAUCCGUAGCAAUGACGAGGCAGACUUGGAUAAAGUUGCCCUGGCAGAAAAGUUUUCGGAGACGAGGAAGCUAUUUGAGAGAAAUAUAAAACAGCGAAGCUCAGUGGACAGAUAUUCUCCCAGCAAAUGUGAAAAAAAUGAAGAUAAGAGGAGACAUGGCUCUGCUUCUGAUUACAGCAGCGUGGGGGACCACUUCAGUUUUAAUACUGAAGUCAGUCCUCCAGCUGUGCUGGAGAAAGUUGAAAAUCAAGGUAAUGAGUUGAGGCAGCAACAUCCCAAUAAUGGUUCCAAAUCCUCCUUCCUGAAUGCAGGACCCAUUUCCAGGAGGCUGGAAAGCUUCCUGGGUGACAGUGAUACUGAAGAAUCCAAAGAAAUUUCCAAAAAUGAUAGUCUGAAUCAGGACCAUUUGAGAGGACCCUACGGUUUGGAUUCAUCUGCUGCUGUUGAAAAAUGUCCAGAGAAGACUGCGUCCACCAAAGUGCCUGUGACCGUCAGAGAUGAGCUGAGUGAGGUACUUGAAAAAGAUAAGAAAGAGCAACUGGUGCUUGAGAGAAGCCUGCAGGAUAUGAGCAGCGUACCUGGUCAGGAGGCAAAGUGGAGAACAGAGACUGUUUUCUCAUGGGUUUCCCCCAUGGAGGGGACUCGUGUGGAGCUGGCUGUGCAAGAUGAAACCUCAGGGCAUGAAAAAGAAAGUUUGGAGAAAGAUCGUGUUGUUCAUGAGGAUCAGCUGCUCAAAUACCAAGCACAGAAAGAGAAAAGGAGUGACUAUCCCUUGGAGGUAGUAGAAGAGUUUGCGGAACGCAUUGAGACCAAUCAGGAAGAAGCGAGAGAUGGGAUGUCUGGGAAAGAUGGUCCAGUUACACAAGGUCUGGGUGUUGUAGAACAGGAAGGGGAUCCUGAAGAAGAUGAGGAGCAGAGGGAGAACUUCAGCGCUUUUGGAAUAGAAAAUGCAGCUUUUGAUGAUGAUAGGGAUGCAGAGCCAGAAAAUCAAGGACCUGAAGGCAAAGAAAUUUUGGAGGGAGAGGAGGAGUAUAUGUAUGACAGUGAAUAUGAGGAAUUUCCUGGACUUUCUGAAGAGGAAGAUCCUGAUCCAGACCGAAAAGUCAAGUUCUCAACAGCUCCUAUCAAGGUUUUCAGUACUUACUCAAAUGAAGACUAUGAUAGACGUAAUGAAGAAGUUGACCCUGUAGCAGCCUCAGCUGAGUACGAACUUGAGAAAAGAGUGGAAAAAAUGGAAGUGUUUCCUGUGGAAAUCGAAAAAGGUGACAGCGGUCUGGGUAUCAGUAUUAUUGGAAUGGGAGUUGGUGCUGAUCAGGGACUGGAAAAACUGGGCAUUUUUGUAAAAACAAUAACAGAUGGUGGAGCUGCUCAGAGAGAUGGACGAAUUAAAGUAAAUGAUCAGAUUGUUGAGGUUGAUGGCAUAAGUCUAGUGGGAGUUACUCAGUUCUUUGCAGCUACUGUACUAAAAAACACCAAAGGCACAGUGAGGUUUCUGAUUGGCAGAGAAAAGCCAGGGACUCAGAGUGAAGUAGCCCGCCUCAUUAGUGAGACUUUAGAGCAGGAGAGAUGUCUGUAUGAGCAGCACUAUGUUCAUGAUGAUACAGAGCAGGACGAUGAUUAUGAUGACGAUGAUGAUACAUAUGAAUCACAUUUACAUGAAAAAUCCGUAGAAGUUUUUGAUCUUCCUGAAAAUGAAGACAUCAGUUUACCUCUGGAUAUGGAUUCAGCACAGUCUCUUCUUAAAUUUAAAGAGCUACAGUUAAAACAUGCAGUAACAGUAGCUGAAGUGAAUCAAUUGAAGGAGAAGUUAAAAAUUGUUGAAGCAGAAAAAAAUGAAUGGAAAUUAAAUCGAACCCAACUUCAGCAAAACUUAGAGGAAAACAAAGAGAAAAUUAAAAAGUUAGAGACUUACUGGUUGGAAGCUCAGAGUUUAUGCAAAACGGUGAAUGAGCAUCUUAAAGAAACUCAAGAGCAAUAUGAUGCCCUUGAAAAGAAAUAUAACAAGGCCAAGAAAUUGCUCAAAGAUUACCAACAAAAAGAAAUAGAAUUUAUGAAGAAAGAGGAGGAUCAUUCAAGGGUACUUGAAGAAAGAGAUCAGCAGUAUGCGGAACAGCUGAAAAUAUAUCAGGAAAAGAUUACAGAGCUUGAAAAUAAACUAAAAGUGUAUGAAAGAAUGCCAUAUAUGUUUGGAGGCAGCAGUUUAUUGGAAGAUGUCUGUCAAAAUGCAGGCCAGCAUAAUGAGCAGUCAAAGAUAAGAGAAGAAAAUGAAAAAGAAACAGAAUCCAUAGAGGAAAGACCGAAUUCUUCAGAGAUGUUAAUUUCUGAUUUUGAUGCUUUUGUUGGGGAUACUCCCAGGUUAGACACCAGUGCCCACAAAGCAAAAGCUCAGCUUGCUUUGAAAGUAAAACGCCAGCCGCCUUCUCGAUCAAAGCUGAAAGAAUCUCUUGGUGCUGGACAACAGGCUGCAAAUCUACAGGAUGAGGAUUCAGAAGAUCCUGUUCUCAACAGAGAAGCUUCCACUGCAUACAUAACUAAGACCUUGGAAAUAAGUGAAAAAUUAACUCUGCCCCACUUGGAUGACAUAAAUCGAAAAAGUGAAAAGCCUGAACAAAGAGAAAGCACAGAAAGUCCUUUAGAGUCAAGCCCUUCUGCUUCCACACACUCUUCUCCAGUACACAAACCAAACAACGAAAACAGUACAACCACCACUCAUUCACCUCCUCCUGAAGAGAUGGCUCCAAAUUCUCCUCAAGGGCAUACCAAGAAUAUGAAGCAAAGAGAAGUAAAAGGGAAAGGAAAAGAGGCCAAGGCAGAAGAAAAGAAAAAUGAAGACAAAACAGAAACAAAUGAAGGAACAUCAUCAGGGAAGUCCAAGAGGCGAUUUCCAGAUUUUGGUGGAUUGCGGAAAUCUGGGGGCAAGGGCAAGAAACAAGAAAAAGAAAAUCUAAGAGGUUCGCUGGAUAGCAGAGGUUCUCGAGAACUGUUGGAUGACUCUGGCAACAAUCUCUCUGCAUCAGAUUCAGAUUCUCCUGUGCCUACUUGUAUGCCUUUCUCGUGGUUUGGAGACAGUCACAAAGAGCCUCAGAUUUCUAGUAGUAGUCUGCACUUUCCUCAGAGUGGACAGGACUGUUGUGAACAUGGUCAAGAGAAGAACAGAAGCAAGAGUAGAGUUGUCAUAGAUGAUACAUACCAUAGCAAGCCAAGUUGUGAACUUUCAGGGUUAGUGACAGAACCAAAUCUGUCAGGUCGUUCACACACUUUAACCUUCUCUUCAAAUGAGGCAUUAGAUGAUGAAUUUACAACAACAGGAAAACAAAAUCAAUGGCACAAUAGACCUAUUUCUGAAUGGACCACCCAACAAGUAUGCCACUGGCUAAUGGGAAUGAACAUGGAGCAGUAUAUUACGGAGUUCACAGCUAUGAACAUAGAUGGCCAGCAGUUAAUGCAACUCGACAGUGAGAAGUUAAAGGCCCUGGGAGUUUCCAGUCAAAACGACCGAUCAACAAUAAAGAAAAAAAUUAAGGAUAUUAAAAAAGCACAAGAAAAACUGGAAAAACAAAAGGAAAAAUUUCAAAAGAAGGAGAGGGAAGUUCGCAAGACUGGCAGAGUGGUAACCACUCUUGAAUCAAGCUGCUAAGGUGACCCUGCUUUGUUUUAGCUCAAAUUGCUUCACCUUGAAGUUCUGCAGAUUUGUAUAUAAUUGUACAAUUGAGGGAGGAGGGAAAGUGCAACAGUUUAACAUGGUAGGUUUUUGGUUUUUUUUUACUUUUUAGUAAUAGUCCCUCCCUGUUACAACCCAAUAAAACAAAAUGUUUUCAGUAUUUUUAAUUCCUAGUUGACUCUACUUGUACUAAUACUAAUUUAACUUCCUGCCUUAAUAUUUGUGCUUCUAAGACCUCAUGUGCCCUUUUCAUUGAAAUUUCUACAUGUUUGUGAAAAGUAGAAUACUGUGUUAAAAAUCAUUCCAAUAUUAGUCAACUAGAAUUUUGUAUAGUUGAAUCUGAUAGAGGGACAAUAGAAAAAUCCUGCCAACAAAUUCAGUCUGUGACAGUCUAUUUAUCUGUUGCCACUAAAGAUGUAUAGUAAAAAUUGUUUAAGAAAACAGUAAUGUCAAAUUAAUUUAAAAAGAAAGCAUGUAUUUCAAAUUUAUGAAGUAUUUUCUUUAAAUUCCUGUAUUUUUGGCAUGAUCUGUUUCAUGCUAAGUCCACUGUAGUACCACUUUGUUUUUGAAUUCCAUGUGUUGCAAUUUAGUGAGAAAAUAACAAGAAAUAUUAAGUAGUUUUCACAAACUACGUAUACUAAUCAUAGUAUUCAGUUUUCCACACACUACCCUUAUGGUGUUGGGACAAGGUUUAAACCUAUAAAUAAGAUCUUUUUUAACCUAUUUUUUCCUAAAUAAUACAUAGUUUUAUAGAUUUAUGCUAUGAGUAAGAUCAAUUUGCAAUACAUGUAUUUCUCUUUUCUACUUGCUACAAGAUUUUUGCGGACCAAAUUUAUAUAUUUGCUAAUUUUAAAAUACGCUGUUUUUCAAACUUAAAAUACUGAGGGAAGAAUUGUAGGAAAAACUACCACCGAAGCACUGGGUUUCUGCAUUGUAUUUAAAUAUGUUCAGUUGUAGACUACAAAUUAUUUCUCUUUAAAGGAGAAUUUGAUAUGCCAUAUAGGUUAGAACAUGAAUUGGUGUUUUGUAUAUUUACAUACUGUUUGAUAGAUAUUAAAACGGCACUUCUUUAUUUAGAUUAUUCCAGAAACAAACUAAGUAUCAGUUCAACCAUAAAAUGGACUAGAACAAAACUUACAUCAUUUCUGUAUGUGGACCAAGUUCUCCUUUAAAUCUAUGGACUGUUUUCAUUUUAAUUAAAUGAAUGGACUUCA